AUGGCUGCGAACGAUGCGGAUGCGUCACGAUUCCUCGCCCCGCCUGCCGUUACGGCUUUAAGGGCAGAGGCUGCAGAACCCCACAGAGUGUCGAUGGAACGUUCUUUUAGUGAAGAUAUGCGAGCCGAACGAGAGGAUCUCCGGGAAGCCGCCGAGCAAACAUUGAACGUCAUUCUAGACCUGGGACUCGACGGCCGCAUCAAAUGGGUCAGUCCGUCCUGGAAACAAGUCAUCGGCACCCCACCAGAGUCAGUAGAGGGAAAACUCAUUUCGGACAUUCUCUGGUCGAACAAAACGUGUUUUCAAGAUGCUGUUAAGUCAAUGAAGGAGGAUGAUUCUCGAAGUCGUUUUAUUCGUUUCUCCAUCUGCAUGGGCCCUGAUUCGAUGUUGAGGAAGUCCGUUCAAAAUGACGACACUGACAAGGAUGAGGCUGAAGCGACGGUCACUGGAGGGAUGGACGAAGAUGUUGCUGGUAAUGACGACGAUGAUAUACUGAAUAUGGAAGCCCAAGGAAUUAUGGUUUAUGAUCGUUCCGGCGACGGCGAGGGACAUACUAUGUGGAUGCUACGCCCGUCAACAUCGCCGAAAGAAGUAACCAUCGACCUUCCCCCGCUCCUGGUAGAGUCUCUCGGAGUCGGGGCCGAAGUCCUGGCCAACCAUUUGACGGCCUUGGCUGAAAAAGGUGGUGAAGCCAGAUCUGCCAAAGAAAGCAUACCGACCCCGAUUCUCUGUCGCAUUUGUGAGCGCCAGAUCACUCCAUGGUGGUUUGAGAAGCAUUCGGAACUAUGUCUGCAGGAGCACACGGCCGAGAUGGAGGUACAAAUCGCUCAAGAGAAUCUCGACGAGCAUCGCCAUGCUAUUGUCAAAGUUCUCGAUGCACUUGAGGCUCGUCAAGGACGACCUCAUCCGGGCGAUGCUCAGGCAUCCCCGAUGAGGCCAGAAUACAAAGGUCUAUCCAUCGGCCCAUCACCUUCUUCGUCAGGGCCAACCUCUGCAUCUGGAUCAUCACCAGCUACUCCGCCUCGGUCGAGAGACCCCUCAACUUCUGGGCUUGGCCAUGGGCGAGGCCGUUCGUUUGCCGUGCGAAGGCCACUAUCACGCAUUGUUGAGCUCGUUUUAGAUCUCUGUGACACUGCGUUAGAAAUAAAUACUCCGGCACUUAAAGAAUCCAGAGCAGACAACCCCGAAGACUUACGCACGCUAUCUCCACAAUCAGAAUCUCGCAUCUCUCAAGUCCUCCAAUGGCAGUCGCCCAGCAGCAAUACCUUAGAGCAAGAACAGGGUCUUGCUGCUCUAGCUGCCGACACAGAACAAGUCGCCAAAGCCAAGGUGGGUGCAGUUGUCCGUCAUCGCCGAAUAGUCGAAUACGCUGAGCGAAUUCGAAUCGAAUACACGGUAAUGGUGGAAGAAUGCAUUGAAGCAGCACUGAUCAAAGCUGAACGCAUUGCUGCUGGUGACCUGUCUGACUCGUCUUCAUCUUCUUACGAUGACGAGGAGGAAGAAAGCGAUGGUCAACCGGAUAAGUCAGAACGAGGGCAGCCGGACUCCUCUCAGCCUACCGAACUAGCUAAUUCCGCCCCCCAACCUCAAGAGAACGUCGAAGGACCGGCUCGUAUUUCGUCUGAUCCCUCUUCUAGUUCCCAAUCACCUCGGCGUGGCUCGUCGGUGGCUGUCUCAACUCGCUCGGUUAGCCCGAUGGAAUGCCCUACUCCGCGUUCACACAAGAGCCUCAGUGGCCUCUUGGGUUCGUCUCAACCAACUAAACGCGGUUCGUUACUGGCAGAGAGUGAUAUCGGCGAUAAUAGUGAUAGCAGUAGCGUACCGUCAUCGUUAAUUGCUGGUGCUGUUAGGACCGAGUCACCGUUGUCUGAGUUGGGAAUUUCACGCGCAGCGAGUGCUAAGAGUAGGAAGCGCAAGAGUUUAAUCCUUUCAAACUUAUCUAGCUCCCCACGUCGGCAGCCCUCACCGUCUCGUGUAUCAGGCCCGGGAUCUCCCUUACGACUUUCUAAGCCUCGGCUUCCUAGUGGAGAGAGCAUGCCUUCUCCUAGCAUCUCUCCCUUGCUGUCAACGAACGAACUGGCUACUCACGGAUUACCGCCGCAUUACCAUCUUCAUACGCACAUCUACCAUCACCGUCGACAAUCGUCCACCGCGUCGUCGGAUGUCAAGGCUCCGAUCUCUCCCCAUUUAAGUUCCGUCAGCCAGCCUCAACCUCGUCCGGCACCACCAUCGAUAAAAGACUUCGAGAUCAUCAAACCCAUCAGUAAAGGGGCUUUCGGGAGUGUUUACCUUUCGAAAAAGAAGACAACAGGGGAGUACUUCGCUAUUAAAGUCUUAAAAAAGGCCGACAUGGUUGCAAAGAAUCAAGUCACAAACGUGAAAGCAGAGCGAGCGAUUAUGAUGUGGCAAGGCGAAAGUGACUUUGUUGCCAAAUUGUAUUGGACUUUUUCCAGCAAGGAAUAUCUCUAUCUGGUGAUGGAGUAUCUCAAUGGCGGCGACUGCGCUUCUCUGGUCAAAGUACUUGGUGGUCUACCGGAAGACUGGGCUAAGAAAUACAUUGCCGAAGUUGUGUUGGGAGUGGAGCAUCUACAUAAUCGAGGAAUCGUGCAUCGUGACUUAAAACCCGACAACUUUCUUAUUGACCACAGCGGCCAUCUCAAACUAACAGACUUUGGGCUAUCGCGGAUGGGGCUUGUUGGUCGUCAGAAGCGAGUGCUGAAGAGUCCAAACGAGUCGGCACCAGAUCUACUGAAGCAGGAGUCUUUCCCCAGGGCAAUGUCACUGGCUUCAUCUCGGUCGGCAUCCUUUGAUUUCCAAGGCGGCCACUCACCGAGCUCCACUCCAAUCAUAGCACCCGAUACCGGAGGCAGCUACAGCCAACCCUCUUACUUCAACCUCAAUCAAAGCGCCUUCCGCGAGCCUCGUGAAAGUUUAGGACGUGGAUCGGUUCAACGAAGCGACAGUGGUGGAAGUGACACCUUGCACGCAAUGUUCCGUACCUUUUCAUUGAGCGAAGGAGGCGAAACACCUGCUCCUUUACCACCUCCAUCUCAGGUUAUGACUGAAGAUGAAGCUCCUAGCGAAGGUGGCGAGUCUCCACACCUGGUCCCCUUAAGUCAGACUGUGAGCAUUACCUCCACCUCAGCGUUGCAUAGCACUCCGCCUCAACAAUCUAUGCUACCACCUCCAAUGGCUUUGUUUGACCCUGAAGACCAUAAUCGAAGGUUCGUUGGUACUCCAGAUUAUCUGGCACCUGAAACAAUCAACGGUGUUGGACAAGACGAAAUGAGUGAUUGGUGGUCAUUGGGCUGCAUUCUUUUUGAGUUCGUAUUCGGAUAUCCUCCGUUCAACGCCUCGACACCGGAUCAAGUCUUUGAAAAUAUUUUGCAUAGACGAAUCAACUGGCCUGAAGAAUCCCAUGAGCUUGCUUCCCCAGAAGCGAUUGAUUUAAUGAACAGCCUCAUGACAAUCAACCCAGAACAACGCCUGGGUGCCAAUAUUGAAGAAAAGUUUCCUAAUGGUGGCGCAGAAAUUAGGGCCCACCCGUGGUUCGCCGAUAUCAACUGGGAUACAUUGCUGGAGGACAAAGCGGAAUUCGUUCCUAACCCGGAGAAUCCAGAGGACACUGAAUACUUUGAUGCCCGUGGCGCUACUCUACAGUCCUUCGAAGAACUUGAUGAUCAACAACCUGCUCCGUAUCCCGUGACGACUAGCGAGUAUCCAGACCGUCCCCAUGAUGCUCUUUCCAAGGUCCGCUCCCAGGCAAAUUCAAUCAAGAGGGGGUUAAUGCCAUUACACAUCCCUCCUCACGUCAGAGACACACGGAGUCGACGUCUCAGUGAGCCCGUUUUAGCCGAUGACUUUGGGAACUUCAACUUCAAGAACUUACCCAUGCUAGAAAAAGCUAAUAAGGAUGUCAUUCAACGAUUACGACAAGAAGCCAUGCAGGCACAGCAAAGACAGAUAGCGUCCACAAUAGCGUCCCCAACCCCACCUAGUUCUGCACCAUCCCUUGAAGGUAGUCCACUUCUCCCAAUGCCACUACAACGGGCUCUCUCGCAAAACAAAGGCAACCGACCCGCCUCUCCAUCUGGAUUGAGUCAAACCGGCUCCUCGCCGAGUCGACCUUCGCAGCCUUCUUCACCAUUACUAGUUCAGUUUAGCACCGGCCAGAAUCACGAACGUCGGAAGACUUCUGGGUCAUCCUCGGCGCAGUCUCAAUCACAGCAAUCGGUUGGUUCAGUAUCUGAGAAAUUUGGGGAUAUACCACGUCUAACAACUAGUUUCAAGCUCGCUUCUUCAGCACCUUCACCGAACAAAUCCAAUAGGGUACCAGCCACCUCCCCGGACAAGGUCGUCCCAAAUGCUGCCGGCUUGGCGAGUUUGAACCGUGCAAGAUCACAGACAUUAGGAUCCCAGGAUAGCGAAGGACAUUCAAUGCUGGGCAAGGACCCAUUCAUCCCUGGUCACCAUAAACGCCGAAGUCAAUUAUUUGAUAUCUCUCCGUCAUCAUCUGACAACGAAGAUCCACGUACAAAGGCUCGAUUGAAGGUACAGAGGAGACGUCAAAGCUCUCGCAGGCUUUCCCAAAUCAAUCUUUUGGAUGGACCUGUUUUCCGCCCUCUUGAUGUACUGAUUUGUGAAGAUCAUCCUGUUUCUAGGCUCGUUAUGGAAAGACUUUUCGAAAAACUGCGUUGUCGCACUAUUACCGCGGUCAAUGGGUCUGAGGCAAUACGGUAUGCGUUGACAGAAGUCCAAUUUGAUAUCAUCAUGACCGAGGUCAAACUUCCCCAAAUAAACGGAGCGGAUUUGGCGCGUAUGGUACGCGAGACCCGAAGCGCCAACAGACAUACUCCUAUUAUCGCGGUCACAGGUUACUUGAAGGACCUUCCGGAAACCCAUCAUUUCAAUGCUCUUAUUGAGAAACCGCCAACAUUGACUAAAUUAACUGAGGCGCUAUGCAAGUUCUGUCAAUGGAAGCCGCCACCGAAAGACUAUGUUCCUACACAGACCUUGAUGAUCCCUCCACCUAUUCCUCGCAAUCUCAUACAUACAGAAGAUAGUCCCAGCUCGAUAUCAUCCGGCUUUCAUCCACAACCUUCCAGCUCUUACAGAGGUUCGAGUCGAGCAGACUCCGUUGGAAGCAGCUAUUUUGGUGACAUGGACUCGAUUAAGGCAGAAGAGGUCCCGGUCAUUAUCAGUCGUCAUACAGAUAGUUGGGGCGAUGCAUCAGAAGGACUUGGCAUUUCCGAAAGUGCUACAGCACCUAUGGCAGCAGAAGCGAGGCCAAUCUCCAACACCCCCAGUGACAUCGCCUCAUCUAUGCCACAGCUAGGGCAUUCCAUUUCGUCCCCUCCUAUCUCUGCAAUGCCUGGUAUUAUUACUCCGCGCAAGCAGCGAUCCAGUGAAGCGAUACGUGCCAAGCGCGAGGUGCUGGAGAAACGACGGUACGAAUGUGCUGAAUCUGGAGAUGAUGAAGACGAAGAGCUUGGCAGUCAUCAUGUUCGCCAUCGCAGCCCAACACACACUUCCAAGGGACCUCGGUCAAGUUCGAAACUGGGGAUUGAAAUGAUGCGAACUAAUAGUCGCGGCAGUGUUGUCAGUGGUAGCGAGGAGCUGGUUGCCAAAGAAAAGGCAUCUGCCAGCCCAGAGUCUAGCGUUCACGAGCUUGGGGAGAAGCUAGAAGCUUUUCAAAUCCCCGAAGAUGAUGUUACUUCACAUGUCUCCCAAAGGCAGCAACAUGAUGACACAGUUGAGUCGCCACGUUCCUCGAAGUCACCUGAACACUGGAGGCGUCCACCUUUGGAGCCUCUUCAUGAAUACCCUACUGAGGUGCGGUCUCCUCCCAAGGAUUCAGAAGGCAGUAAGCACACUGGCGGACCCAAACCGUCUACGCCUUCUAGAGAUGGCAGCAAGUCAGCUGAAGAUCCAACCACCACCGAGUUAGAACUUGCGACAACCCCAGAGGAAAAUACAGACCCUAACAACACCACCGAUCCGGAUGCUACACCUAAGCCAGCGCCAACUCCUGCCAUGUCAGAUCUUGAUGACACCACUCCCCGUCCAGGUCGUCUACAUACCCGUGACUACGAUCAGCAUGGUCAAAAUAAUCCCAUUCAAUCUUCUGGAGGACAACAUUCCAUGCAACAUCAUCUUCGUAACGUUCUUCCUUGGAAACGACGAUAG